GCGAGCAACGGAAGUUUGUGCUCUCACAUGAAAGAAGAAGCUAACGCGGAGGAUUAACAUCGCCGUCCCGUCUUAAUAAACGAAAGAAACCAGCGACAGAAUGUACAGAAUGCACGCUACAUUUGAUCAUAUGCUGUAAUAUCAAGCGAUGUCAUUGCCUACGGCUUCCACCGAGGACAACCCGAACAUCCAAGCGGAGUUGAAGGUGUGACACCUGGUUGGUCAGCUGCAGGUCAGCGUGUGUCCCCUCGUGGACUCAAGUGAUCGGCACAGCAGCUGCUAGUCGUUACGUGAUGCCAAGAUGCUCCUGUCUCUGGGAAUGUUGAUGCUGUCUGCCACUCAGAUUUACACCAUCUUCACUGUACAGCUCUUCGCCUUCCUAAACCUACUGCCUGUGGAGGCGGAUAUCUCUGCUUACUCAUAUGACAACAGAACAGACACCUUUGAAGACCUUCCUGCACGGUUUGGAUACAGACUCCCAAGUGAUGGAUUGAAGGGUUUUCUAAUCGGAGCACGGCCAGAGAAUGCUUGUGUGUCCAUCGAGCCACCGCCGAGGGACAACUCCACCGGCGUCUUCAUUGUCCUCAUCAAGCGCUUUGACUGUAAUUUUGAUAUCAAGGUCCUCAAUGCCCAGAAAGCCGGGUACAAGGCGGCCAUUGUUCACAAUGUUGACUCGGACGACUUAAUCAGCAUGGGAUCCAACGAUCUGGAUGUUAUGAAGCAGAUCGACAUUCCCUCAGUGUUUGUGAGCGAGGAGACGGCAAAGUCUCUAAAAGUGGAAUAUGCGUUUGACAAGGGAGGACAUGUGGUAAUGAUGCCGGACUUCAGCCUGCCACUGGAAUACUACUUGAUCCCCUUCCUCAUCAUCGUAGGAAUCUGCCUCAUCCUCAUCGUCGUGUUCAUGAUCACAAAGUUUGUCCAGGAUCGGCGCCGAGCUCGGAGGAACCGUCUCCGUAAAGAUCAGCUGAAGAAACUUCCCAUCCACAAAUACAAGAAAGGAGACAGCUACGACGUCUGUGCCAUCUGUCUGGACGAGUAUGAGGAAGGAGACAAACUGCGAGUGCUGCCGUGUUCCCACGCGUACCACAGCAAGUGCGUGGACCCCUGGCUGACCAAGACCAAGAAGACAUGCCCGGUGUGCAAGCAGAAGGUGGUCCCCUCUCAGGAGGACUCGGACUCGGACUCGGAGGACGGCGAGAGCGGCCCGGACGAGAACGAGGAGGUGUCGGAGAGCACGCCUCUGCUGCGCUCGCUGGCGUCCACCAGCGCCCACUCCUUCGGCACCAUGUCGGGGGUCCCGCGCUCGGAGCAGGAGCAGGAGUCGUCGGAGUAUGACGACGAGCUGGACAGCAGCGACAGCGAGGAGGAGGUCACCGUGGAGACUGUGGUGGUCCAGAUGCAGCAGCCGUGCUCCGAAGACUCGCCCAGAGCUUGACUGCGUGCGGUCCAUCCGCUUUAAUGCUUCUAAAUGAACGUACUGCAUCCACUCACCAAUGAGUUUUAACCAGACAAGUGCUGAUCCCGCGAGCGUGACAAAACUCACGCCUAUUUAGUGUAAAUAAAAACUGUAGCGCCCCAAACUCCCACCACCUUUGAUGGCACCACAUGGAACCUCUUUGUAUAUAAACACAGAACGGUACAACUUCAUUGUAGCUGCUUGUUUUUGUACAAAUCUCAGCUUCACCGUACGUCGGCCUGUUUGACACCUUAUUUUCUUCCGUCAGAUCUGUGCCACCACGUCACUCCAGCAGCUCCGUAGUGCUACAAACAUGACCGACCUUGUUUUUAAUGUUUUUAUAUGUCGAAUCAUAUGUUGCCUUUUCAGUUGAUGCUCACAUCGUUGAUCCACCCAAUAAAAGUAACUGGAAAUUCA